AUGGACACGACCUCGCAGCACCUCGCUCGGAUGUGUCAAGGGUCUUCUGCGACCGGUGCCCCUACCGCAGCCAGCACAAGACCUCAACCCGCUCAGAAGAGGCAAAAGACCCAAGAGGAGGAAGAUGCAUUUUCUACCCUGGAAAGUUAUACCCAUGAAAUCGAGUAUGUGCUCGGGCAGGUCAUGGAAUGCCUGAACCUCAAUCUGAGUGAAGUAAAAGCCACGUCAUCUACAGCUAGAGACAGCGCUACUGUCCAAUCUCUUGAAUCAAGAGACACCAAGGCUAGAGAUCUACUACUGAAGAUCUUGAACCAGAAAGGAAAGCUGAAGCGCCUCCCUGAGGAUCCUCGCGUCCCGAAUACCGGCCUCCGCCACCUCGACCAGCACCACUGA